ACAAAAUAAAACAAGAUGAGUUCAGUCAUCACUUCACUUUGCUUCCUCUUCCUCUUAUCCUCUAUCUUCCCUGCUUUCGUAUCUCCAGCAGUUCUGUUUCAGGGUUUCACUUGGGCCUCAUCGGAAAAACGAGGAGAAUUAUACAAUUUCUUGAAGAACUCUGCUACUGAUAUUGCUAAUGCCGGGAUUACUCAUGUCUGGCUGCCGCCUCCUUCUAAUUCCGGCGCCGAUGCACCCCAAGGUUACAAACCAGCAAAGCUGUAUGAUCUCAACUCAAACUACGGAACUCGGGAUCAACUCAGCUCACUCAUUGCAGCUUAUCAUCAAAGCGGGAUAAAAUGCAUGGCUGACAUUGUAAUUAACCACAGAAGCCCAGAGCGCCAGACAGAGACCGAUAUAUUCUUCGAAGGAGGGACACCAGAUGAUCGUCUUGACUGGGGACCCGCCAUGGUCUGUAGCACCGACAAGAACUUCCCUCACGGCACCGGCAAUCCAGACACCGGCGAUGACUUCCCUUUCGCCAUUGACAUUGACCAUACCAAUCCCAGAGUGCAAAACGAGCUAUCGGAUUGGCUCAAUUGGUUGAAAACAGAAGUCGGUUUUAAUGGCGGAUGGCGAAUUGAUUACGCAGUAGGGUUCGCGCCAAGCAUUACCAAAAUUUACGUGGAUCGGACAAAACCCGAUUUGGCAGUUGCAGAGUAUUGGCAUCCUCCCUGUAACGAAAAGCUCCCUCCGGGAGAUAACAGAAAGCGCGAUGAGCUGCGGAAGUGGAUUCAGGAUGCCGGCGGAGUGGUGGCUGCAUUUGAUUUUCCUUUGAAGGAAUCUCUUCAGGUUGCGGUGACGGGAGAGUUGUUCCGGUUGAAUAACACCGACGGAAAACCGCCGGGAUUGCUCGGAGUUUUGCCGGAGAAAGCGGUGACGUUCAUCGACAAUCACGACACUUGGUCUCAAGAUUUUUGCAAAUUCCCAAGUGAUAAAGUGAUGCUGGGUUAUGUUUAUAUCCUCACCCACCCUGGCACUCCCACCAUUUUUUAUGAUCAUUACUUUGAGUGGGGCUUAAAGGAGCCGAUUACCAACAUUUUGGCGAUUAGGAAGAAGCACGGGAUCAAUGAAAGAAGCAGGGUUAAGAUUCUAGCGGCACAAUCUGAUCUGUACGUGGCGGAGAUCGAUGAGAAAAUCAUAAUGAAAAUUGGGCCAAAUGGGGGUCUUGGAAAUCUUAUUCCUCCGAAUUUCAAGCUGGUUCCAAACGGCGCCGGAAAGGACUAUGCUGUAUGGGAGAAGUUCACUUUCUCUUUAUUCCUCAAAGCCUCUACUUCAUCUCCUUCACUAUUCUCUGUUUAUGAUUCAAUUAGUCCAACGCUAGAAGCCGAUCAAAUUCGAACGCACAUGGUAAAAUCGGGUGUUGAUCAGUUUGUUUAUAUAACUACAGCUACCCUUGACUUGUAUACGAAAUUGAAUUGCGUUAAAGUUGCACGACUGUUGUUCGAUGAUAUGCCUGAGAGAGAUGUUGUCGCAUGGAAUGCCCUAAUUUGCGGGUAUUCACGUAAUGGAUAUGAUUUUGAUGCACUGGAGAGUUUUGUUCAAAUGCUCAGAGAGGGUUUUUCUCCUCGCGAGACGACGUUGGUUGGCUUGAUUCCUUCUUGUGCGCAGCGGGAGAUUGUGUUUCAAGGGAAAUCCGUUCAUGGAUUUGGAAUUAAAACUGGCCUCCACUUUGAUUCUCAAGUGAAGAAUGCUUUCACCUCUAUGUACGCUAAGUGUAUGGAUUUGGAAGCAGCGGAGUUAUUGUUUGAGGAAAUGUUUGCCAAAGAUGUAGUUUCUUGGAAUACCAUGAUUGGUGCUUAUGGACAAAACUGUUAUUUUGAUGAGGCUAUGCUUGUUUUCAACUACAUGCUGGAGGAGGGUGUGGAAGUAAAUUCAGUCAGUCUUGUAAGCCUUCUGUUGGCUAAUCCUAACCCUGAGACUAUUCAUUGUUUUGCUAUUAAAAUUGGCCUCAUUAAUAAUGCUUCUGUUCUUACUUCUUUAAUUUGUGCAUAUGCAAGAUUUGGAAAGACAAACUCAGCAGAAUGGCUUUACUGGUCAGCGCCCAAGGAGAAUUUGGUCUCAUUGACUGCAAUUAUUUCAAGCUAUGUUGAAAAAGGAGAUACAGAGUCGGCCAUGGCAUGUUUCGCACGAAUGCAACAGUUGCAAAUGAAAGUGGAUGCUGUUGCUAUGGUUAGCAUUCUCCAUGGCUUUACAGACCUCAGUUACAUGGAUAUUGGGGCUGCUUUCCAUGGUUAUGCAAUUAAAAGUGGGCUAUGCACUCACUAUUUGGUUGCAAAUGGACUGAUAACUAUGUAUUGCAAGUUCAACAACAUUGAAGCUAUGGUCUGUUUGUUCUCUGACAUGCAUGAGAAGCCUCUAACUAGUUGGAACUCAUUGAUAUCUGGCUGGGUGCAGGCUGGAAAAGCGAGGGAUGCCAUGGAGGUGUUCCGUCAAAUGAAUCUCUGUGGACAUGGUCCAGAUGGGGUUACUAUUGCCAGUUUGUUAACAGGGUGUUCGCAACUUGGAGACUUGCAGGUUGGAGAGGAACUUCAUGGUUAUCUUCUUCGAAAUAAUCUACAAGUGGAAGAUUUUGUUGGUACUGCUCUUAUCAACAUGUAUGCCAAGUGUGGGAGCAUAGAGGGUGCAGAAAGGGUGUUCGAGUGCAUAAAAUUUCCAUGUUUGGCAACCUGGAAUGCAAUGAUAUCAGGCUACAGUUUGUGUGGAUUUGAGCACAGAGCUCUGGCUUGUUACUCUAAAAUGCAAGAACAAGCAUUAAAACCUGAUGAUAUCACUUUCUUAGGACUUCUGGCUGCUUGUACUCAUGCGGGUCUUGUUCAUGAGGGAAGAAAGUACUUCAAAAUGAUGACAGAAGAAUUUGGUAUAGUCCCAGAUUUGCAACACUGCACGUGCAUGGUUGGUCUUCUCGGUCGUGCAGGCUUAUUUGAGGAGGCACUUCUGUUUAUCAAGAAUAUGAAGAUGGAUCCUGAUUCAGCAGUUUGGGGAGCAUUGCUUAGUGCUUGUUGCAUUCACAGAGAGGUCAAGCUCGGGGAAUGUUUAGCUAAGAAAUUAUAUUUAAUGGAUAACAAAAAUGGUGGCCUUUAUAUAUUGAUGUCAAAUCUGUAUGCUGUUAAAGGAAUGUGGGAUGAUGUAGAGAGAGUGCGAGAGAUGAUGAAGGACAUGGGAGGCGAUGGCUUUUCAGGAGUUAGUCACUUACAUUUCAAGGAAGUUUAUCUUAAAGCUAAUUCUUUUGACCAUUUAUUCUCAUAAUGACUUAUUUAUACAUACACCAACCUUGUCUACAGAUUGCACACAGCAAACUACCUUCCUACAUGUAAUUAUGUGAUUUACACUAAAUUGUUAGCGGGUGGCAAAACGAUCGUUG